AUGGUCUUGGAGCCCGGAAGGCCUUGUCUAGAAAUCCCCAUGUGCUUUCAGGAAAUCGAGGCCAAGGAUAUCACUGGAGCCAACGUUUGCUUUGAGUUUCUGCAGCUGCUGACAACGUGCCGGACCCUGAUGGCACCUGGCAGAGGCUGCUUGGUCCUGGCCAUUCUGCUGGCAAUGGUGGACAUCCGACUUGGUGGGUGCUUGCACAUCCUCAGCUCAUUUUCCCAGGAUGGAAAGCAAUUAAGCUUGAUCUGUACUUUGCGGCAUACAAAAGAAGAGGCUGAGGGUGCUAUAGUGUUUUUGUGCAAGGACAGGUCUUCGGACUGUUUCCCUGAGACCAGCCUGCGGCAACUGAGACUUCGACCGGAUCCCAGGGAAGAUGGCAUCAGCGAAAGAUCAUCUCAGUUGGUGUUCACCAUAAACCAUGCCACACCAUCAGACAGCGGGACCUACCAGUGUUGUGCCACAAGCCAGAGGCCAGAUAUGCGCCUUCAGGGCCACUUUUUCUCUGUUUUAGUCACAGAGGCAGGGAACUACACAGUCAAAGGAUUGAAGCAAAGAAGACACCCCGAGUUCACUCACAGUCAAGGCACUCCCAGUUCAGGCUUCCUGCAAAAGGUCUGGGUGAUGCUGGCCACUAGCCUGCUGGCCCUUCAAGCUUUGUAAGCCUGUGCCAGAAACUUAAAAAAAAAAAAAAAGUUACAGCAAGAUUAGCCUGACUCUGUAGCUUGCUGCCUUUCACA